AUGGUAGAGAAGGCUUCCGACAUGAUACUCCAGAACGUGCGUGGAUUGAGGACAAAAAUUGAUGCAUUCUUCCUAGCUGUUUCGGAUGCCGAAUACGACAUUAUCGUCCUAACGGAAACCUGGCUGAAUGAUCAAAUUUUCUCUGUGCAACUCUUCGGUCACCUGUAUGCUGUUUACAGGAGUGAUCGCUCCCCGCUGAACAGCCACAAAACACGCGGAGGAGGCGUACUGAUCGCAGUAUCGAAAAAAUUUAGCAGUUCAAUUGAUCAAACAUUCAUAUCUGUAUCCCUUGAGCAGUUAUGGGUAUUGGUUGAACUCCCACGAGAUUCGCUUAACAUCGAAGUAAUCUACCUGCCCCCUGAUCGUAAAAUCGACUCGGUGAGUAUCAAUGAGCACAUAGACUCCUUGAGUUCGAUAUCUUUCCGAUUAAGCCCCCGCACUCCUGCGCUAUUGUUCGGUGACUAUAAUCAAUACGGUUUACGAUGGUGUUUUCCUGAAGGCGGAUUACCUUUAGUUGAUCCACUGCUGUCGCAAAUUCCGACUGCCUGCAGCGCUCUUCUCGAUGGGUUCAACCUGAAUGGAUUUACCCAGAUUAAUACAUUGCUGAAUCGAAACGAUCGUCUGUUAGAUUUAAUACUCGCAAAUGAUGUCGCUUUACCGGUCACAAACGUUUUCUCGCCAGUUGAGCCACUGAUUGACCUUGACGCGGACCAUCCCGCUCUAGGCGUUGAGUUUAGGAUACCAACGCCAAUUGAAUACGACGAACCAUCUAUCUCACUCUCUCUUGACUUUCGUCGAGUCGAUUAUGCCGAACUGAACGAUCUACCUUCCGUUAUCGACUGGCGAUUCAUUGAAAGGACUGCUAAUGUCAGUGACGCUGUUGAAUGUUUCUGCGAUGCUGUAGAAAGUGUUGUUUCUCACGCUGUUCCAGCUAGUCGUCCACCGCUAAAACCGCCGUGGUCUAAUCCACGUUUACGUGCUCUUAAGCGAACACGUUCUGCCACCUUACGAAAAUAUUGUAACACUCGUUCGCAGUACAUCAAACAACAACUGAAUACAGUAACUAGACAGUAUCGUCGUUACAACAUUUUUCUAUAUCGUUGCUAUAUUAAACGUAUUGGAAUGAAUCUUCGUCGAAACCCUAAACGUUUCUGGUCCUUCGUUAACUCAGAAAGGAGAGUGGCUGGCCUGCCGCCCUCUAUGUACUUAACCGAUGAAACGGCCCGCAACGAAAAGUAA